UAAUACUUUGGUUCUUUCACACGUUCCAUCCUAUUCUGUGGGUUCUCCUUUCUCUCCUUUCGGCAUCUUCUCCAUCGAAGCCUCCUCUCUUAUCCUCCGGCCGAUGGACUGCAGCGGGCGGUGGGGAUUCCGCCGGCGACUCCGCCACCUUCUACCGUCACCUCCACCUCUCACCGGCGCCUCCUGAGAACCCUUAUCGGUUCCUCUCCGAUCACUUCUCUUUCCUCCCAUUCCCUUCCAAUCUCUUUCUUUGUCGUAGAUCGAGGAUCACGUAGAUUGCGGUUUCUUUUUCUUUUCUUCUCACCCAAAAAUUCCCGAUCUUUGAUCCGUUCUCGAGUGUUCUGGGUUUUUGGUUUUGUCUCCUUUCUUCCACUCUCGCUUGCUAUUUACUACUAGUGGGAUAGAGAAAGAGGGAGCGAAGGGCGGAGAGAACAGAGAGAGGGCAAGAACGAUUAUGAACAGAGUGCUUGUUUAAAUGCAUUGGAUCACCGAUCGUCUUCGUGUGAGUAUGAAUGUUUGAUGUUUUUAGUGGAUUUCUAUUUUGCUGUGCUUCUUUUUUCUUGAAUGGGUGAGGUGUAAGCCCCGAUCGGAAAUCGAAGCUUUUAAGAGAGGAGGAUUCGAAUUGGGUCGUGGAAGAAGGGUUGGUAGCGAUCUGAGAGAGAAAAGAUGGUGUUGGAUCUCAAUGUGGCGUCGCCCGGCGAGUCCUCUUCUUGCGGAGAGGAGAAGGUCGUCAUGGAGGGCUCUGGCGGCGCGCCGAUGGAGGAGUCGGGGACAUCGAAUUCCUCUGUCCUUAAUGCUGAGGCAUCAAGCAAUGCCGGCGACGAUGACUCCUGCUCAGCCGCCGCCGCCGUCGGCGGCUUUAACUUUGGCAUCCUCAAGAGCUCGCUGCGGGCACAUGGGGAGGAAGAAGUGGAAGAAGAAUUGGAGGAGGAAGAUGGGGCGUCGGGGGAGGCAGGCUUCGUCACGAGGCAGCUCUUCCCUCCGUUUUCGGUGGUUCAGGAAGGUGUUCAGCCUCCGACGGUGGCUUCUUCAUCGACACCGGCAUUGCCUCGUCGGAUGGAGCUCCGUUUCCUCCAGAGUAAUACGGCUGGCUCGGUGGAGGCCAAGGUAUUGCAGCAGCAGCAUCAGGUGAAGAAGAGCAGAAGGGGCCCGAGGUCUCGGAGCUCUCAGUACCGCGGAGUCACUUUCUACCGGAGGACGGGGAGAUGGGAGUCUCACAUAUGGGAUUGUGGCAAACAGGUCUAUCUGGGAGGUUUUGACACUGCUCAUGCCGCUGCAAGGGCAUAUGAUCGGGCUGCAAUAAAGUUUCGUGGGGUUGAUGCUGACAUCAAUUUCAAUAUCUGUGACUAUGAAGAGGAUUUGAAACAGAUGAGGAAUCUGACAAAAGAGGAAUUUGUUCACAUACUUCGUCGCCAGAGCACUGGAUUCGCUAGGGGGAGCUCAAAGUACCGAGGAGUGACGCUUCACAAGUGUGGUCGCUGGGAAGCUCGCAUGGGGCAGUUCCUCGGCAAAAAGUACAUAUAUCUUGGGCUAUUUGACAGCGAAAUAGAGGCUGCAAGGGCAUAUGACAAGGCUGCUAUUAAAUUUAAUGGAAGGGAAGCUGUCACAAAUUUUGAACCAAGUACCUAUGAAGGAGAGGUACAUCCUGAGCCCAAUAAUGAAGUUGCUGGCGACAAUGUUGAUUUGGACUUGAGGAUCUCUCAACCUAAUGUCCAUAGCCCAAAGAAGGAUAAUAACUCGAUGGAUAUCCAACCCAAUCACAGUUCCUUUGCAGCUUCAGGUGCCGGGAAUUCUAGGGCCAACAACUCAACAUCCCAUCUGGCUCAUCCGCAGCAUUUGCCAAUGGCACCCGAGCAUCCUCAUGCCUGGACUGCUCUAUAUCCUGGUUUCUUUACGCACACUGAGGAAAGAGCCACAAAAGGGUCCGAGGUGGGUUUUCCUGCUCCCUCCAACCGGGCAUGGCCAACGCAGGGCCCCACGUCACCGUUCUCUUCUGCAGCAUCAUCAGGAUUCUCUACUGCAGCCACUGUCGUAGCUGCCCAUCAUCUGCCACCAUCCGCAGCCCAUCUCAAUUUUCCUCCAUCAGCCACCGUCAAUCACUAUCAUAUGAGCUGAAUGCGUAGACCGCUAUGUGUGGACCGUUAGAUAAACAGGAGUACCGCCAACAACCAGGGCGAGAAAUGCUGUCUUUAAGGGUUGCCAUCUGCAAUGAAAUAAUGCUAGCGGGCGCUUGUUUACGAGGUUAUGUGUAGCACUUUUAAGUCCACAUACUAUCUCUGCUGCCUUGUUACAUGAAUUAUGUUUUGGUGUUUCGGACUUUUUGGGACUCCCGUGUCCUCCGUUGGACCGUUGACGGGAAAGCAGAAAACCUUCCUGGCUUUCGGAGUGAGGUCAGGGCGGUGAAUGAAUGCAUGUUAAUGUUGAACUUAACCUGUAGUGUCUCUUUUUUGCCUUCAGUGUACUAUGAUAUGAACCUAUCAUGGCUUAUGCGUGACAAAAGCCUUUGCUGCCCUGGAUUGCUCCUGCCAGAAAAAAACAGCACCCCACCUUUCACCA